AAAACGUACACUCUAUAAACAAACAAAAAAAUAAAAAAGGACCGAGCAGUCAAACGUAAAAAAAGAUAUAUUCCCAAGUGUUUACGAGAUAUUUUGAAUUUAUACAUGAAUCUGUAGUGUCUUUAUCAUCCUGCAAUAUCAUGGGACUGAAUAGUUCAACCAUGCUACAAGAUCAAGACAUUGAACAGAUCAAAAAAGAGACAGGAUUUUCAGAACAGCAAAUCAAAAGGCUGUACAUAAGAUUUUUACAUCUCGAUUCCCGGGGAAGCGGAACACUGAGCCGUGAAGAUUUUGGAAGGAUACCGGAGCUAGCUAUUAAUCCUCUUAACGAACGAAUCAUUGAUUCGUUUUAUUUUAACUGCAACGAGAAUGAUGAGCAAGAGGAAUGUAAUUUUCGAGAAUUCAUGAAAACAUUGGCACACUUCCGUCAGUUUUCAAAGAAAGGGCACAACCCGUUGAACACAGAGGAGGAGAAACUCAAAUUUAUAUUCAGCAUUUAUGAUAUUGACAAGGAUGGAAUUAUUACUCAAGCAGACUUGUUAAAGAUAUUAGAAAUGAUGGUUGGAGUGAAUAUUGGUAGGGAACAGUUGGAACUAAUUGCUCACAGAACGAUCAAAGAUGCCGAUGCUGAUAUAGAUGACCGCAUUGAUUUUGAUGAAUUUAAGAAGGUGAUGAAAACGGAGGAAAUCGCUACAAAGAUGACAGUUCGGUUUCUAAACUAAUGUUAAAACAAUCAAGUGCAUUUGGAGGCAAUUCAU